AUGUCCCACAGUGACAAACUGAGUCAACUCCCUGCCGGGUUCUUCACUGUCGCCUCAACACGGAACUCGCCCUAUGCUCGUGUUGCGCACGAGAAGGACCCGAAUUUCGGCGUUUCCCAAAGAUAUUACUACAUCUUGACGGCUAAACUGACGAAGGAGGCGAUUGGCGACAGGUUACAGCGGCGUCUUAUAGCCGGCUUUAUCGAGGCCAUCUCAUACAAAGGCUCUUCAGCAACUAUCCAAAGGAUGAACUCCCCCCAACCAAUACUGUCCUCGGUCGGUCAUGGUUCGAGUGACGGGUCUACAUGCGUUGCCGAGAAGUGCUGCUGGCCCUCGCUCGUUGCCAUGUCCGCCUGGAAUUUGAAACAGCGGCCAUACUUUCCGAGAAUACUCCCUUCUUUCGCCAAUCUAGUUGUAACCCAUCAUAAUGCGGGCGGACUGCCUCAACGCAUGCUGGAAGGCCAAGCACCAAAGCUCAUUGAGCCUCUGAGGAAACUAUUCCAGCAUGUCCAGUAUGUCGAGUCUGAAGCUGUGGUUUUCCUGAUUCAGCAGCUCUCAGACGCUUAG